UUUUGUUUUAUUUUCUUUUUCUCUUCGAGCUGAGCCGGCAAGUCACAGGUUUGAACCGGGAGCCAUCUGUUUCUUUGGCCAGUAAAUAGGAGCAGCAAUGGACAAACACGAAUGCAGUCCCUCGGGACCACGUGUGAAGAACCAACAUGCCAGAGGAUCCCAGCUGAGGAUCAUUCUGGUGGGCAAAACAGGCACAGGAAAGAGUGCCACCGGGAACAGCAUCCUGGGGAAACCAGUGUUUGAGUCGCGUCUGGGCGCCCAGACCUUGACUAAGACUUGCAGUGAGGGUCAGGGAAGCUGGGGCGAGAGGGAGAUGGUCGUUAUUGACACGCCAGAUAUGUUUUCUGGGAAGGACCACUCUGACUCCCUGUACAAAGAGGUACAGAGAUGCUACUUGCUCUCUGCGCCAGGACCCCACGUGCUGCUCCUGGUGACGCAGCUGGGCCGAUUCACCACUCAGGACCAGCAGGCUUUGCAGAGGGUGAAGGAGAUCUUUGGAGAGGAUGCCAUGAGACACACAAUUGUCCUCUUCACGCACAAGGAGGACCUCGAGGGAGGUUCCUUGAUGGAUUACGUCCACGACUCAGACAACAAAGCCCUAAGCAAGCUGGUGGCUGCAUGUGGGGGGCGAGUGUGUGCCUUUAAUAACUGUGCUAAAGGGAGUGAUCGGGACGACCAAGUGAAGGAGCUAAUGGACUUGAUUGCGGACCUGGUGAUGGAGAAAAGGGGUGAUCACUAUACCAACAGGCUGUACGGCCUAGUAACAGGGGGAGAAUGUGGACCUGUGCGGUCAGAGGAAAGAUUGAAGGAUUUCAGAGAGAGUCUUAUAAAGUACAUGGAAGUUCAGAGAUGUUACACAACCACGGCCAAUGCAAAUUGCCUAAAACGAGCCCUAAUCAAAACACUAGUCCGCAUUUUAUUUUGUAUUAAGUUGUUUGCCAUAUUGCUAAUUCUGCUAUUUUAUGUGUGGUACAGAAUGUGCCACUUGUUUUAUCGCUUACUUUUUACUAUGUACAAUUUGUUCCAUAGCUUCCUGUUACUGUUCCAAAAAUUAAUGAUAAUUUUCAGAAAGACCAUUGGACUGGAAUGCAAGACUCCUAGAUUAGAGUGACAGAUCAGUAAUUAUUUAUCCACUGUCAUAUGGUGGGGGAAUCACGGGGCCUCCUCUGUAAAAUGCAGUGCCUGACAUCAGUAAAUAUGUGAGAUUCUCUGAAGUGUUUAUAUCUUACCAUCACUCUAUUUAUUAAUGAACCAAAUUAUUUUAAAACUUACUAUUUGUUUUGAAAUAAAAUAAAAAAAUCUUUUGGAAGCUGCGUACAUAAAAUUCCUCUCAUUUGCAAAUCUGUAAAGCAAGUUUUAUGUUCUUGGAAACUCCUUUUCUUCUUUAUAAUACUAUUUCUACUGAAUA